AUGCAAGGGGAUGAGGAUGGUGAUAUGGACGCUGUGGAGGAGAACCAGGAGGAGGAAGAAGAUGGGGAACGUGUGGGCGGUGCGGCUAUCGACCUCGACCAGCUGAACGUCACCUUGCCAGCCGUGGCAUCAGGCAGCAAGGCAAAGACUCCUGCGGCGUCCAAGACUGCAGCUGGAUCAUCGAAGGAUGCAGCGAACGCAGAGAGUGGACCGUCACGUCCGUCGCGAUCGAAGUCCGGCGCGAAGAAGGCCCAGGAGCAAACUUCCAGCAGCGAGCGUGAGGUCGAUGAACUCGGCAAUGAGUGGUAA